UUUUAAUUUAAGCGCGUAACAAACACUGACUUAACUGAAACAAUUGAGGAACCCAGAAGGAAGGGGAAAAAAUGUCAAACCUUGAAAACCCUAGAAACUGGCGGUUCACAUGGGAAGCGCAAUCUCAUUCUCCAAAUCUCCGUUUGUUCCUCUUCGAUUCUCAAGCAAAUCCUUCGGUUCAAUGCAGAAACCUCGAAGUUCAACUCAAUCUUUCUCAAUCUCAUCUUCUCGUUUCGUGGCUAAAAGAGGGGGAGAAGGAAGAGGUGUCGCUUAGGGUUCCGAUUCCAAGAGUUCUGAUAGAUUCUGAAGCUCCGGUGAGUUUUAGAGCUUUGGAUGAUCACAUUGAGGUUAAGCUUGUUUUGCUUCUUCCUGUUGAUCAUCCAAUCGUUUCCAGCUUUGAUUUGAUGUUGGAUUCGUCUGAAAAUGGCUAUAAUGACCCCUCAUUGGAUGCUGCAAAGCCGCUGGUGAUGGAUACUGAUUUGAAGAGUCUGUCAUCAAUGGAAGGAGUACACUUCUAUUGCAGAAAAUGCUCCACUAGGCUGACUAAAAGUCCUCUUAGAAAUUUUGUGGAAAUGCCAUCAAUUGACUGGCGAGAGGUUGCUGAUAAUUGGUUUGGAGGUUGCUGUUGUUCAUUCGGGGGUAUAAGUGAGAAGCUGGUGACUAGAUUUGCAAAUUCCUAUAGAUGUGCUAAGGGUGUGUGUCUUUUAAACUUUACGACCAUUCUUCUUUUCAAGGAUGACCUCGUGGCAUUUAAACUUUAUAAUGGAACUCAUGAAUACCAGCCUCGACCAGAUUUUUCUAGUGACUCUGGUUUGAGUGAAGAUAUGUUAAGUUCUCAAGAGAGAACAAAUGACUUAUGCGAGAAGUUGAGCUCUACUCAUCUCAAGGAUAAUAGUGUUAGUACAAGUGCGCUAGUUACUAAGGAGAAAGCCAGUGGUAAUGAAUUUUUUUCUGCAUUACCUCUAUCAGAUUUCUCUGAAACUGAGACAUCAGCGCGAGGGUGUUGUGUUCAUACAGCAGAUCAUAUACAAAAUCAUUUUGACGAAGGUAGCCAACACAGUGUUCCCGAAACUUGUCCAGUGGACCAAAACACUUCACAGCUUUUGGCUAAUCAGAAACUGUUUCUUAAUGGUUUUCUUGGAAAUGUUUUUAUGGCUAAAUCUUACAAUCUCUCGAUGGAUAUUGAUUGGAUGGAAUUUGUAUGCCCUAACUGUUUAUCGCUUCUUGGAGCUUAUCCUUUUUAUAAUGGUGCUGCACCCAUUGAUGGUGGAGUUCGACUCUUUAAAUGCUACGUUUCCACUUCUUCAUCUGCUGGUGGAUCAGGGGACUUAUUCAGAAAAUAUAGCUUGGAAAGAAUGUUCACUAAUCAGCUAGUGGAGAAUGCAAAAGAUGAAUUAUCAUUUCGAACUUUGAUUAGAGAUUUUAAAACCAAGUCUCCAUUGUUGCAAAUUGUUCUGCUAAAUCCAAACUCUUGGUGCUGUUCUGGUUAUUGUUUGGACACAACUAGUGCAGCUGAAUCUAUUCUGAAGUUAGAUUUACUCCCUAUUAUCAAGGUGAUCUUUUCUGAUUGUGGUGAAACUCCUGCAUCUCAGCCGAGGGUACAUGAAGAUUGGAUAACCAGGAAUGUAGCAGAUGUAGUUUGCAUGUUUGCACGGCAAUUAGAUGAGUUGAUUCAAUCUCUAUCAUCGGCAAAAGAUAUACUGCCCCCUUCAUAUAACUUUCUCCAGGGUUUACCUCUUUCAUCAUUGCAGCGGUAGAGAUGAUUGGUUGUGUAAUAUCUUUGAUCAGCAAGAUCCUAAACUUGACACCUGAUUUAAAAGAAAUUCAACCAUGAAGCUGUGAUGAUAUACAGUCAAGUUACUGUAAAUGCCACAACAAAAUUUAACCUUAUCAGGGGACUUUUAGUUAACUAGCUAAAAAUUGCGGUUGGUUUGAAUUUGACCACUAUUCGUAUGCAAAUGAUUGAGUCUUCUUCAUGCUGUUUAUCCCUUUCAAGAACUGACAAGUAAUUAAGUAUAAACAAACAAAAGCUUUUAUUACUUCGUAACUUAGCUAAACUAAGUCAAAUAUAUGCAUCUUGUUUCAGACUCGACAAACUCUGAAUUUUGUCUUUCAAUUUGCUUUUCUUCUGAUUCUUGCUCUUCGUUAUUACUCUUUUCCUUCUCUUCAACUGCUGCUUCCUCUAUAUCCUUCUUCUUCGUGUUAAGAAAU